UUCAGUCCUCAGUCCUCUCAGUGUGUCUGUCUGUGUGUCUGUUGGUCUGUCGCGCAGGCAGCGCUACUCUACUGGCACCAUGAGUAGCUCCAGCACCGGCUCCAGCUUUGGACCGGACCCAGAACCUGGCAGCCCUGGCCCGGCUUCCCCCCAGACUGGACCAACCAGCAUCACCAGCAUGCCAGCCUCGCUGCCAGAGACAACAGAGUCCACAGACCUCCUGGCCUCUGCCAGGAUCACAUACACAAACAUUGGUCAGCCCUGCUCCAGCCUGCUUCCACACAAGCCCUGGAUGAAGGAGCGUGCUCUGUCGACAGACAGUCCCCCAGAGCAACCAAACCGACCACCCCCCCUACCCAAAAAACUCACCCGAACCCAUUCCCUCCCGAUGGAGCCCCUGCUCUCCUCUCACUGCACCAAACCCCUACCUUACCCUGCCCCCCUCACCACCCUCAUCCCAUCCUCCCCUGGGCUCUCCCUCAACAACCCCCUGUACCACCUGGUGGGACCCCAGCAGGGGAGCAGGGGGUUCUUCACAAACGGCUGUUUCAGCUCCCCCUGCAGCCCCCUGCACUCCAGUUCCUUCCUGGACCCCUCUCAGCUCCUCGAUGGCCCCCCCGCGGCCCCCCUGUCUGGGCUGAGUUUCCACACCCCGGACGGGGAGCUCAAGAGCUUCUUUAAAGAUUUGCACAACCUGGAGCAGGUGACCAGGGGACUGCAGGAGCGCGUCCUGCUGUGUCUGCGCGGGAUAGCAGAGCGGCUGGGGGAGGAGGGGCUGCAGGGAGCUGCACAGGAUUACCAGCUCUGUGGAGAUGGGCCUUGCUGCCAGGCCGGGGAUGCUCUGUACUACACUGUCCGCUCCUCGAUGCACCCCGGCAGGCUGUUUGCUGCCAAGGUGUAUAAAGUGAGCGGAGAGAGUGGAUUGGCUAUACAGAGGGACUUACCCCCCCACUCCAACAUCCAGCGUGUCUGUGCGCACUUCCCACAAGGCCUUGCUGUAGUGGAAGCAGAGGAAAUGGCCAUGUUAUCCCUGGAACCAAAGGCAGAGGGCAGCGAUGCACUGGGAGCGAAGGUGCAAUGCCUCCAACCAACACGAGGGGUCAGCAGCAGUGAAAAUCCACCUGUCAUGGCUGCGGUGACACUGAAUUCACCAGAAGAGGGCUCCAGUGAGCUGCCAGCGAUGGACACUGCCAACGGAUACUCCCCGGGCUGUGAGGUCACAAUAGUAGGGGAGGUUCCUGACGAGACGCUGGCUGAUUACGUGCAAGGCUGUGCCGAGUUGCAUGCCUCCCAGCCCCAUUGUUACGAGCGUGCGGUGUGUCUGCUGCUCCUGCAGCUUUGCGAGGGCCUGCAGCACCUCAAGAACAACAAAACCACGCACUGCGCCCUCCGACUGGAGAACUUGCUGCUGGUCUGGGAGGAAAAGGGGGCCCCCAGCAAGGAGCUCCCCAAGAGAGGCAGCCCGGGGACCCCCAGACUGCUGAUCAGUAACUUCAGCCACGCCAAGCAGACAACCUCCAGCCUGGCCAAGGACUCAGACCAGGACAGGCUGGCUGCAGAAAUGAGCAGCGGCUCCCAGUUCAAGAAGGCAGACGAAUUCCAGCUGGGGAUUUUGAUAUACGAGUGCCUGCAUCUCCCCAACCCGCUCCUGAGCGCCCCAGAGCUGAAAGGGGGGGAGUACAAACCCGAACGGGACCUGCCUCCCGUCCCCCACCUCUCCCCUUACUCCCCAGGCCUCUCCAAGCUCGCCCAGCUACUGCUGGAGCCCGAACCCAGAGACAGAGUCUCUGUCGGGGGGGCCCGGCACGUCCUGCAGGCCCUGCUCUGGGGCCCCCGCGUGGAGCUCUUCCAGGACAACCAGCUCACCCCCUUCCUGACCCUCAACUGGCUAGAGGUGAAGCGCUGCCUGCUGCUGCUCAAGCUGGCGGAGGCAGCAGUCGAGCACAAACCCGGAGCCAGAGCAGCUCCAGGGCUGGAGGAGAAGCUGUGCCUGCAGUACUUCUCCUUUGCCACGCCCCAGAGCAUCUUCCAGGCAGCCAGGCUGCUGCAGCUCUUCCAUCCUCCCCUCUAGCGGGGCUUGAGUUCUUAUUUAACCUCCCAAGUUUACCUGUUUAAGCUUCAAGGUAUUGGAUAUAUUUGCAACUAAACAGCUAUGGCAAAACUAAGGGGAAAUUCAAAGUUUUUUGCUAACUGACUCAGUUUUAUUUAGCAUUCUGAUUGAGUGUUUAGACAUUAUGGACAAGCAGAAGAACCUCCUAUCAAGCGUUCCAUCAGUAUUUUAUAUAUUAUUGCAAAAUGCAUAUAAAACUACUUGUGUAGAUUUAAGUGAAUAUGGAAAUGACCGGGGAGAAAUAUUUAAUAUGAAAUCAAACAGAUUGCAUUUUGCACAAAAGUUUAAGCUUUUUCAAAAGCUCAGAUGGACUCAGCAGUACCUACCCAUGAGGCAGUAUUCCUCUUUCACAUGUUUUUACUAUCUGCGAAUUGAAAUGUCAUUUAUUCUUAUCUUAUGUCUUUGAUGCUUCCUGACAAGAUCCGCAGUGGUAAUCCACAAGGCAGAGGUGUGGUGAACUGCAAAACAUACACCUGAUAGUAACCCUGACGAUGGGUUGGUUUCAGUUUUUCAAUUCUAUGGCUUUUGUAUGUACUGUUAAAUAAAUGUUACUGCAUAGUGCACCCUGCACAUAGUUCCACUUUGUCUUCCCUGAUAUACUCACUCUGCCCACAAGAGGGCAAUAAAGACAGCAGAAGGAGAAUACUAGCCUCAGAAAUAAAAUCAAUUUGAAUAGCCAAAACCGAAACAAAAAACCGACGCAAUUUUCACUUAAAAAAUGUACACACUUUAAGUAUCUCUGAUCAAAUGCAGAUGCACUGCAGCAACAACAAAAGAAAGGCAUGUAUCUCAUGUUAUCUCAUCUUCACUGUUAUGUAGGAUGUUUGAACUUGCAUCGCAAAUACACAGCCACUUGUAUGCUAUUAGCACAGUGCAAUUGCAUUGUAACCAAGCAAACAUUUAUCACACACAAACAACAAACAGUAAAGGGGUGUCGUGGGAAGGAAUAAUUGGCGUUGAACUUACAACGCUUUGGUAUGCUGGCUGACCUUGCCUGCUUCUGGGCAGUAACAGUAGAGGCAGCAGCCCACUCAUCCCCUCGGAACAGUGUUCCUGCUGUUGUCUCAUUUUUGGAAAUAUUACUGAACUUAUGACUAGCUUCUGUAAUAGUAAUCUCAACUAACAAGUGCUGUGCAGGUCCAAGCAGCAGAAAGCACCUCUUAUGUUUUACAAAGAUUCUUGAAACACACAAAACUAUUUUAGAGCCAGCUGUUAAAUGUUUUGUGUGUGCUGAGCUGGCUCUGGAAUUUGUUCAAUUACUAUACCAACAGGAUGUGCCAUAGGUCUGGCAACAGAGCCAGAAUUGUUAAUGUUGUUCAUGUCACUAUUUCUUUAUAUAAGCAAUGGGACAGACCUGCCCACUUUAACAGAAAACAGCCUAAUCAGUCAAAUAUAGGAGACUGUCCAUGACACCUGAAUAAGCAGAUUUGUGACAGAUUGAAGACAU